AUGGGCCUUUACGCAACUGCAAUGGAAAUCAUUGAAGCACACACAAGCUUAUCACCGCCGGAGUUUUUCACAGUUGCCGCUGUUAUGGUGGUGGUUUACAAGAUAGUUUGCAGCAUGUUUGUGGACCCGGAAGAGUUUGACAACAAGCCCAUCAAUAGCAAUAGUAUCGCCACCAACCAACCACCACCACAACAGCCACCAACAAUUCAGGAACCAGUUCAAUUAGGAGAUGUUACUGAAGAAGAAUUGAGAGCUUAUGAUGGUUCUGAUCCUAAUAAGCCUCUUCUCAUGGCUAUCAAAGGCCAGAUCUAUGAUGUCUCUCGCUCCAGGAUGUUUUAUGGUCCUGGUGGUCCAUAUGCACUGUUUGCUGGAAGGGAAGCUAGUAGAGCCUUAGCACUCAUGUCUUUCGACCCACGAGACAUUAAUGGGAACCUUGAAGGUUUAAGUGAAUCUGAGCUUGAGGUUUUACAGGACUGGGAAUAUAAAUUCAUUGAAAAGUAUGUGAAGGUUGGGCAGCUUGUGGGCACUCAUCAAGCCGCUAAUGGUGAUAAAGUUGAAGACGAUACUCACAGCCACAACAAACGUUACCAACAUCAUCCAACAGACAAUAACACGAAGACAGUCCAAUUUCGGAAGACGAAGAUGCCGCCGAUAAAAAAGAAUCUGAAAAAAGAAAAGGAUAUGCGAAACAUAACAGAUGUUGAUCAGGUUGGUAAACGAGCAAUUGUAACUUCACAUGGUGUCCCUCGUGAAGAGUACCUUGCAAUUUUAGCAGAAAGGGAUUCCCUCUUGGACUUGGUAGCUAAAAAGGACGAGGAAAUAAGACACCUUAAGGAGCACCUAAAUGCGAAAAAUGAGGAGGGAGUUGGUAAGGACUUGGUAGGCCGAAAAGAUGAGGAAAUAGGACUUCUUGAGAAGCAAUUAAAUGUGAAAGAUGAGGAAAUUAAGAGGCUCGGUAAUGCUAUUGAGACUGCCAUGGACAAUUUAGGCCAUGCACUGGUGCUUGUAAGAGAUCUGAAGGUGUCCAACACUCCCAAUCAUGCGGAAGCUGAGACGUCAAAAAACAUCUUGGACAAGUUUCUAUCUGGGAGACUAGGAUAUCCUUGGCAGGAGGAUGUUCUAGGCAAGUUUCCAUCUGGGACACUACCGUCAUCUGGAGGAUAUCCAAGGCAGGAGGAUGUCCUAGGCAAGUUUCCAUCUCGGAGACGACCGUCAUCUGGAAGAUCUCCAAGGCAGGAGGAUGUCCUAGGCAAGUUUCCGUCUGGGAGACCACCGUCAUCUGGAGGCUAUCCUACGCAGGUGGAUGUACUAGGCAAGUUUCCAUCUCGGAGACGACCGUCAUCUGGAAGAUAUCCAAGGCAGGAGGAUGUCCUAGGCAAGUUUCCGUCUGGGAUACCACCGUCAUAUGGAGGCUAUCCUACGCAGGAGGAUAUUCAAGAGCCAGUUCAGUUAGGAGAGGUUACUAAAGAAGAAUUGAGAGCUUAUGAUGGUUCUGAUCCUAAUAAGCCUCUUCUCAUCACUAUCAAAGGCCAAAUCUAUGAUGUCUCUAACUUCAGGCCAAUACUAUUGUUUACAUUGGGAGUAGACAGGGAGACUAAAAGAGGGUCGUGUUAUGGCAAUGUUGGCAGGCCGCAGAUACCGGUGGAGAUGAUUCAAUGGACAAGAAAGAAGCUGCUAAAUAAAAAGGCAAGUAAUACAGAGUUAACUCGAGGUGAACUGCUGCUGCAGGUAACUUUGAAAGAUGCAGAAAUACAACGCCUUAAGGAACAGAUCCCGCAAGGAAUAAACAACCUUAUGGACCAGGUAACUGUAAGAGAUGAGGAAAUACUAAGCCUUAAAAACCUGCUUAUUAAGAGAGAUGAGGAAAUUCAGAAGCAUGAGCAUGAACUAGCUUUGAAAGAUAAGGAAAUACUAAGCCUUGAAAACCGGCUCAAUGAGCGACAUGAGGAAAUUGGGUACCUUGAGUAUGACCUAGCUGUGAAAGAUGAGAAAACGCAACAGCUUCAUCACCAGCUCAUAUUAAAAGAUGACGAAAUUCAGAGACUUAGGAUGGUCAUUGAUUCUGCAAUUUUUGAUUUAAGCAAAGCUCAUAUCGUUACUGAUUACCAACCUAAUACUAUACCUGCGAACAAAAAGGUAGUUGAAAAAGUGGUAGGAGAAGAGGACAUAAUCGGGGCACACAUGUCGAAUACUGAUGCUUCGCUACGUUCCUAUCCCGAGUAA